GCUUCGACAUACUUCACGGGAAGUAGCGGCCUAUUCGCCGCCGUGCAUCUAUUCACCUGUCGGUUUCCCAAGAAACACAAACUUACCAACCGCAGAUAAAAUGGGAGAUGUUGAAGUUCAGGUCCAGGUCCCUUCCGAUUCACCGACAGGGGAACAUGAGUGUGGCGGCCUGCAGGAGGACAUGAGCAGGGAGAAGCAGUCAGACUGCCCGGGGACUCCUGAAGAUACCGGACAUGGAGAGGUGGAGGAGCCCCUGACAACCAAGUCAGAGCCUGUGGCUCUGGCGCCCCUAUGUGGAGAGCAUGCAGCCUGCAGCUGUGCAGAGAUCAGGUGGAUGGAGAGGAGCCUCCAGGCCAUCGAGCUGCAGCUGCCGGUCCUCAUGAGCAAAGCUGAUGACUUGCAUGACUGCCUCGUCAAUGGACAGGGUCCUCUAGAGAGGGAGGCUCUUGCAGCUGCAGUGCCAAGUUUCCUGUACACCUGUCAGCCUUACUUUAACUGCCUGGAAUCCACACGCAUCGUGUCGCAGCGCAGCCCUGUGCAUUUUGACAUAUACACAAGGGUAUGAGUUUUUUCUGAUGGCCUGAUCCCACAACAAAAAUAAAAUACCUAUAUCCUCA